AUGUUAAGUUCAAAGAAGAGGACUGAUCAAUUUGGCCAAGGAGAAGUCAUGGAGGCUGCUAAAAGUCCAAGCCUUAAGGAAGCUCUUUUCUAUUAUCAUACAACAUGUCUAUAUAGCUAUAACAGAUUGAUCGUUUCAAUUGUCUUAGAAGCUGAUGAAGCAAAAGAAAAGAAACCAAGCAGUGAUGCAGAAUCUGACUCAGACAAGAAAACAAACCCCAAUGGAGAUACCAGUGAUUUCCCUGAUGAAGCAAGCACCACAAUCAUAAACAAGAAGAGACACCAACGUUGGUUAAGAAUAGCCUUGUAUGCUGUCCCUGUUUUGCUGGGCCAAUCAGCUGCAACACUCUUGGGAAGAUUGUACUACCAAGAAGGUGGACACAGCAAAUGGUUGGGAACACUUGUCACUUUUGUGGGUUUCCCUUUGCUCCUCCCGUUUUAUUCUAUUCUUGCAUUUAAACGCCCCUCUGCAACAAAUACCAGUCACAGUCAUGAACAACCCCCUGUUUCAAAGCUUGCAUUUGUGUAUGUCUCCCUUGGCCUUCUUGUCGCGUUAGACAGCUACUUGUUCUCUUUUGGUCUCUCUUACCUUCCUGUUUCUACAUAUUCUCUUGUUUGCUCCUCACAAUUAGCCUUCAAUGCCUUCUUCUCCUUCUUCCUUAAUUCACUCAAACUCACUCCUUACACCAUAAACUCCUUAGUCCUUUUAACAAUCUCAUCCGUCCUUCUUGUCUUUCACACUGAUUCUCCUUCGGCAUCCACACAAGUCUCAAAAAGGAAGUACGCGAUCGGUUUCAUAUUCACAGUUGCUGGUUCAGCUGGGUAUGGACUGGUGCUUUCUCUGACACAGUUUGCUUUUAGGAAAGUUUUGAAAAAGCAAAGUGUCAAGGUGAUCUUGGACGUGUUAGUGUACGAAUCACUUGUGGCAACUUUGGCAAUACUAGUGGGGCUAUUUGCAAGUGGGGAAUUUAGAGGGUUGAGGGCAGAAAUGAAGGAUUAUGGAAUGGGAAAGGCAAGUUAUGUGCUGAAUCUGAGCUUCACUGCCAUAUCAUGGCAACUUGUUAACGUGGGAUGUGUGGGUUUGAUUCUGGAGGUGUCAUCAGUAUUCUCAAAUGUGAUAAAUGUUAUGGGUUUGCCAAUUGUACCUGUUCUGGCGUUAGCAUUCUUCCAUGACAAGAUGAAUGCGUUGAAGGCGAUAUCUUUGGUGCUUGCUCUUUGGGGCUUUUUGUCAUACACCUACCAGCAAUACUUAGAUGGGAUCAAUUCUUAUACUGAUGGGCACAAAAACAAUGAUGAAUUUCUCAGCGACUCAGUAUCAGAAGGGUUGAAUGGAAUAUCUGGGCAAGCAGGAGUAGUUCAGUGAUGAUCUGAUAUUAUU